AACAAACCAACCUUGUGUCUUCCCUCAAUAUAACACCCUUCUUUUGUUCAUUUCCUAAACUCCCCUAUAUGCAGCCUUGGCCAACCAAGGUGGUCAGCCAUGGCUCACCAUUGUUCCAACAAGGCCUUAGGUUGCUUUCUCUUGUUCUCUCUUCUUCUCUCAACUUUUUCUCAUGCUCAUUUUGUUGAAAUUGACCGAAGAGUAACACUCCCAAUUAGAAAUGGUGCUAAUGAUGAUCUUUCGGAAGAAAUUGGAGAUGCUCCUUCCAUAGAGUUUGGAGAUUCUCCUUCCGUAGAAUUUGGAGGUGCUCCUAGUGCUUCCAUAGAAUUUGGAGAUUCUCCUUCCGUAGAAUUUGGAGGUAUUCCUAGUUUUUCUAUAGAAUUUGGAGAUUCACCUUCCAUAGAAUUUGGAGUGGCUCCUUCAAAUGCUCCUUCAAACAAAUUCGGAGGUUCUUCUUCCAUUGAAUUUGGAGAUGCUCCUUCAAAUGCUCCAUCAAAAGAAUUUGGAGGUUCUUCCAUAGAAUUUGGAGAGGCUCCUUCAAAUGCUCCAUCAAAAGAAUUUGGAGGUUCUUCUUCCAUAGAAUUUGGAGAGGCUCCUUCAAAUACUCCUUCCAAAGAAUUUGGAGGUUCCUCUUCCAUAGAAUUUGGUGAAGCUCCACUCCCAAAAGUUGAUGGUGAAGCUCCACACCCUGCAAUUGGAUUUGGUGAUGCCCCUCCACCAGAAAAUGAAGUUAAAAAUUGUAGCAAACAAAAUUUGGCCCAUGAAAGGUUAAAAACUGCUUAUGUUGCCCUUCAAGCAUUUAAAGAGGCUAUUUACUCCGACCCUUUGAAUAUGACAUGUAAUUGGGUUGGUGAUGAUGUUUGCUCCUACAAUGGGGUGUUUUGUGCUCCUGCUCUUGAUGAUCCCACAUUGAAUGUAGUUGCUGGUGUUGAUCUCAACCAUGGGGACAUUGCAGGCCAUCUCCCAGAAGAGUUGGGCCUCUUGAAAGAUCUUUCACUUUUCCACAUUAACUCCAACAGAUUUUGUGGUAUUGUCCCAGAUAGCUUUGAGAAUCUCACUCUUUUGUAUGAGUUUGAUAUCAGCAACAACCGCUUUGUGGGUGGUUUUCCCUCUGUGGUCCUCAAGGUGCCAAACUUGAAGUACUUGGACAUCAGAUUCAAUGACUUUGAAGGAGUUUUACCUCCAGAGCUAUUUGAGAAGGAUCUUGAUGCAAUAUUCUUGAAUGACAACCGUUUCACGUCUACUAUCCCAGAAACACUAGGAAAAUCCAAUGCCUCUGUAGUGAAUUUUGCUAACAACAACUUCACAGGUUGCAUUCCAAAAUCAAUAGGGAACAUGGUGAACUUGAAUGAGAUUAUCUUCUUGGGCAAUGGCCUUGGAGGUUGCUUCCCUCAGGAGAUUGGAUUGUUGGAAAACAUGAAUGUGUUUGAUGCUAGUGACAAUGAGUUUAUAGGGACUCUGCCUAACUUUUCAGGGUUGAAAAAUGUGGAGGUCAUAGACAUUGCUCACAACAAGCUCACUGGAUAUGUGUCUAACUCCAUUUGCCAACUACCUUUGUUGCAGAACUUCACAUUCUCUGAUAAUUACUUCAAUGGGGAGGCACAAGCUUGUGUGCCUUCCGCAAAUUCAGGUGUUGUUUUGGAUGACUCCAACAACUGUUUGUCAGGAAGGAAGAAUCAAAAGACAUCGAAGCAGUGCUUGCCAGUGCUAACUCGCCCUGUGGACUGUAGCAAAAACUGUGGUGGAGGCAGUGGUGAUAGUAGCAACCCUGCUCCAUCAAUACCAAAACCAACUCCAUUAUCACCUUCGCCUACGACAAAACCACCAAAGUCCCAACCUCCAAAGAUUGAGACACCAAAGGCUGAACCACCACCUACACCAAAGGCUCAGUCACCUUCAACCCCAAAAUAUCAGACACCACCAACACCAAAGGUAGAAAAACCCCCAACACCAAAGGUCCAACCACCUCCAACCCCAAAAUAUCAGCCACCUCCAACUCCAAUGGUUGAGACUCCACCAACACAAAAGGCUCAGCCACCUCCUACACCAAAGGCUCAGCCACCUCCAACACCAAAAUCUGAACCACCGCCAACACCAAAGGCAGAACCACCACCAACACUACCACCUGUUGAGGAUAUCCCACCAUCAAGGGCACCGGUGUCACCACCUCCUGUGCUUGUUCAUUCACCACCACCUCUAGUCCACUCCCCUCCACCACCACCAAUUCAUUCUCCUCCGCCCCCUGUCCACUCGCCACCCCCACCAGUUCACUCUCCACCACCACCAGUUCACUCUCCUCCUCCCCCAAUCCAUUCUCCACCACCACCAAUUCAUUCUCCUCCACCUCCCAAAGUUCACUCUCCCCCUCCUCCAGUUUACUCACCACCUCCCCCAGUCCACUCACCACCACCACCACCUGUUCAUUCACCUCCUCCCCCAGUUCACUCCCCACCACCACCAGUGUACUCUCCUCCUCCCCCUGUCCGUUCCCCACCACCACCAACAUGGGAUGACGUUGUCCUCCCACCAACCUUCGGAUCUCAAUACAGCUCGCCUCCUCCACCAACAAUUGCUGGAUACUAAAAUAGAAGAGUACAACACCAUUGACAACAUCUUUUUCUUUGUUUUUGCUAUAGUUUCAAUAAGAUUUGUGAAAAUCAGAACUCUCUGUAUAUGAGCAUCCUAAUUUCGACUCAUUUUUAAUGCCAUUUUAUCUCUCCGUAGUCCUUGUGUGUAAUUAAUCAAUUUUUUCUCUAGUUCCUCUUA